ACCCGGUGGGUCGGCUGAGGGGUCCUGUCCGGGGGCUUGUUCUCUGGGGAUGUGAGCGAUCUGGCGACCAGACACCCCCUCCUCUAGGUAAGACUAGAUGCGGGAAGCGAAUCUCUGGCAGAAACACCAUCACCUCUGGGCCGCGGCACUCCUCCGUCUUCCAGUUUCCGCGGCGCGGGCGGGACGAGUACCUGCGCGGCAGCGGACAGGUUGGGACCGGCCUGGAUUCCAUCGCGCGCCCUGAGCGACGUCGCGCUGAGGCUCCUGUGCUCUCCUGCCUGCCCGAUGCUGAGGCUCCCCAACUAGGUCUGCGAGAAUCUCACUUUCAGCCAUCUGCCAAGCCAAUUAAAUGAGACCACGACCCCGGGAAAGGGUCAGCAUCCUCCACCGUUAUACCCACGUGCACCGCUUCUAACUGAAAGGAAACUUGAGCGCAGAAUUCUAGAUUCCAACCCAAGAACGGAGAAAAAGGCCCCAGUGAGAAAAAUGGGACUUGGAAAUGAAGGGAAAUAGGACUCUAUUUAGAGACUCCGUUAACUGAGAUUAAAGGGAAACACAACCAUAUCUUACAAUAAUAUUCCUGGGAAGGAUACCUAAUGAUUUGUCAAGUCAGGAUUGCCGCUAUAAAUGUGCAAUAGAUGUGAGGAUUUGGGUUACUUAAAGUUUGAAAAGAAAAUGUUCUCUACAAAUACUCCUACAGAACUGUCUUUGCUGCUAUCAAGACUGGAAUACAUUUGUAUCUCCUAAGGCAAAGUGUGUUUUCAUUAAGGAAGCAGAUGGGAAGGAAGCUUUAUUGAGCAACUGCUAUGUGCCUAGAACGAGACUGAGCAGUUCCUGAACAACCUCGUGAGCCAUGGAUUGUUUCAGAACUUCACCAAGUCAUUCCUGGAUUUAUCCCACGGUGAUCCUGUGCUUAUUUGGAUUUUUCUCCAUGAUGAGACCCUCAGAACCCUUCCUUAUACCGUAUUUAUCUGGACCAGAUAAAAACCUGACCAGUUCAGAGAUCACAAAUGAGAUCUUCCCAAUCUGGACAUACUCUUACCUGGUGCUGCUGCUCCCCGUGUUCAUCCUGACCGAUUACGUCCGCUACAAGCCAGUCAUCAUCCUGCAAGGAGUCAGCUUCAUCAUCACAUGGUUGCUGCUCUUGUUCGGCCAGGGAGUGAAGGCCAUGCAGGUGGUAGAGUUCUUCUACGGGAUGGUCACCGCCACCGAGGUGGCGUACUAUGCCUACAUUUACAGCGUGGUCAGCCCUGAGCACUACCAGAAAGUGAGCGGCUACUGCAGGAGCAUCACACUGGUGGCCUACACAGCGGCCUCGGUGCUAGCCCAGCUCCUGGUGUCCCUGGCCAGCCUCUCGUACUUUUACCUCAACGUCAUAUCCUUGGCUUCCGUCUCUGUGGCCUUCGUUUUGUCCCUUUUCCUGCCAAUGCCCAAGAAGAGCAUGUUUUUCCAUGCAAAAUCCAGCAAAGAAAUACAGAAGCAACCGAACAAAAAUGAGGUGUCAGAUGCAUCUUACAAAAUUAACACACCAGGCGGUGAAGAGAAGCCCGCUUCAGAAAUAUCCACCAUUUCAGGGAACCUGGAUGGUGGUCCUUUGAGCAGCCCGAUGCUGCGAAAUGUAGCGUUGAAUGUUUUUGUGCAGUGGUUCCAAGAUCUGAAGGAGUGCUACUCCUCCAAGCGACUAUUUUACUGGUCGCUAUGGUGGGCCUUCUCAACAGCAGGUUUUAACCAGGUUUUGAACUAUGUUCAAAUCCUGUGGGAUUACAAGGCACCAUCCCAGAGUUCUUUCGUCUACAAUGGGGCAGUAGAAGCUAUUGCAACCUUUGGAGGGGCUGUGGCUGCCUUUGCAGUGGGCUAUGUGAAAGUCAACUGGGAUCUUCUGGGGGAGCUGGCCCUAGCCAUCUUCUCCAUCAUUAGCGCAGGCUCUCUGUUUCUCAUGCAUUACACGACCGACAUCUGGGCAUGCUAUGCUGGCUAUCUGAUAUUCAAGUCCAGCUAUAUGUUGCUUAUAACCAUAGCAGUAUUUCAGAUCGCAGUUAAUCUGAGUGUGGAACGCUACGCCCUGGUGUUUGGAAUGAACACCUUCAUGGCACUGGUAAUUCAGACCAUUAUGACAGUGAUUGUUGUAGAUCAGAAAGGACUCAACCUGCCGAUCAGCAUUCAGUUUUUAGUUUAUGGGAGUUAUUUUGCCGUUAUUGCUGCCAUUUUUCUAACGAGAAGCACAUACAUCAUCUACUCAACCAAAUGCCAAAAGCAAGCACAGAGCUCUCCAGCAAGUCAGAACCCAGAUGAGCUCCACCCAGAGGGACCAAGGAAUGUCAUUACAGGAACAAAGCUCUGACCUUACGGCAGCCACUGCAUCCACUGAACAAGGACCUUCUUGGUCACAAAGUCACUGAGCGCCAUAAACUGACACACUUCCAAAGCCUGGAUUUCAAGGAACCUUUUCAAAACCACAACAAAAUCUUAGUUUUAGACCAGAUACUACGUGCCCAGCUGGAUGCAGCUGACAAGACCCGUCGCCUCAGUCAAAUAGCCGACGUUGGGUACUCCCAACAAGUAGCAAGGAUUGGGAAGUUCUGGUUUUGGUUACUCCCUAGGACAUAUCAAUGGCAUGGAAACAAACCACGAGAAAACUCCACUCAACCUGCAGUUGAUGUUCCCCAUUCGUAAGCAGAAAUACUAACUGGACUGACCCCUUUGCUUGUUUUAGAUAUUUUAUCUUACCAAAACAGGCAAGAGAUGGACAUUUUUUUUUAAUCACAUAGCCAUUUGCCUCCUUCUUUCAUUAAGUGUAUUUCUAUAUUCCUUGCAGUUCUCUGCGAGAAUUUCAAGGUCCCAUUUCUAAGGACCUUUCUUCACUCCAAUGCCGUGUCGGUGUGAUCUCUAAAAUAGAAAAACUUAAGUAGAAAUUUCCAGAGUUUCUAAAAGUAUUUGUAAGUAAGAAACACUGAUGAGGGGGAACACCUACUUUUUAAAUGGCAGAGAUUGUGCUACAUAAAAUAAGGUGUGCAAAAAUAUUAAAGAGCCUUUCUAAAUUUUUGAUGAAUUGUGCUGAGAAUCACCUGUGCUUGUGUCCUUUGAAACUUCAAAAGAGGACACAUGGAAUAGUCUGCCAUGGAAAUAAAGAAUGCUGAUUCAAGAUUUAGGUUUCAAAUACACUUUUCUCCAAAUUCUAAAAUUCGAUUAUGGACUGAAAAUAAAAUUCAGCCCCAAAGCCAACACUUACUUAGUAGAGAAAACUAAUGACAUUCCUACUUCUAUCAAAACCAAGGAAAAGAUGAUCACUAUUAUUCUCAUUUAAUUUAUUGUACUAGAAGUAUAAGCCAAAACAAUUACACAAGCAAAAAAAAAAAAAUGAGAAGAACUGUAAAAGACAAAGUAAAACUCUCACUAUUCCAUAAGCAAGUAUAUACCCGGGAAACUCAGCUAAAAGCUGAGAUCGCAGUAUAUAGAAAUCACCUGCCUUCAUGAUACAACGACCAUUUAGAAGAUUCAUGGGAGUGAAAUACCCAAUUUAUGGUAGAACAAAAAUAAUACAAAAUAAUUACAUGCAAUCUAUUUAAUAAAUGUGUGAAGCAUAUAUGAAUAUGCCUACAAACACUUCUGUAGAUUACAAGGUAACGCCUAAACAUAUGGAAAAGUGUAUCUUCUUCUUGGUUAGGAAGAAAAAAAAUAUAAAGAUAUCAUGCUUUC